UGACAGAAGGAGGAGGAAGGGGAAGUUGACACAGCCAGAGGGGGUUUCACGCAGCCGUCCCAAGCUGUGCAGGCGCGCUCAUAAAGCUGCAGCGGCUCUCUCCGCCCUCCAUCCAGAGGCGACGCUGGAGUCCGGACCAGGCUGACGGACGGCGCAGAGCGCAGCGAACAUGCCGGCCACAGGCUCAACAUAGGGAAUAAGUUUUGUAUUCAGUCUAUAUAUCUGGCUUCAACCUGCUGCUUCCACAACAUGGAGUACUGGAGGCAAUGCGCGAUGUGGCUCAUCAGCUGCAACGUGCUGCCCUCGAACCACCGGGUGACUGCGGACACCGCGCAGGUGUUCGACCUGGCGCAAACCCUGCGGGACGGGGUGCUGCUCUGCCAGCUGCUCAACAACCUGAAACCCCACACCAUCAACCUGAAGGAGAUCAAUCUGAGGCCGCAGAUGUCACAGUUCCUGUGCUUGAAGAACAUCCGCACGUUCCUGACGUCUUGCAAUGUGGUGUUUGCGAUGAAGAAAAGUGACUUAUUCGAAGCCUUCGAUCUGUUCGACGUUCGGAACUUCGGACAGGUUAUGGACACUCUAUCCAAGCUCUCUCACACAACAAUUGCACAGCAAGGAGGAUUCAAGCCGUUCCCUACCGAGGAGAGCCUGAAAGAUGAGGACAUUUACAACAAUCUGGAAGACUUGAUUGAUGAAAAUGCCCCUGAGGAUGAGGACGACUUGUACGCAGCUGUCUACGGGCUGGAGGAAGACUACGCAGGUGGAGAGAUCUAUGAAGACCUCAUGAGGACUGAGCAGAAUCCCCCAUUGAAGCAGGCAGAGGUUGAUGUCCGGAGCUGCUGCCUGACGGAAAUCAAACAGACGGAGGAGAAAUACACAGAAACCCUGGAGUCCAUCGAGAAGUAUUUCCUGAAUCCCCUGAAGAAAUUCUUCUCUGCGGCUGAAAUUGACAAAGUUUUUGUCAACAUUCCGGACCUGGUCAAAGUUCACAAGAGCCUGAUGGCUGAUGUGCAAGAAUCCAUCCUGAACAAGAAUGCCUUAAAUCUCUACCAGAUUUUUAUUAGCUACAAAGACAGACUGCUCAUUUAUGGGCUCUACUGCAGUCGGGUGGAGAUCGCCAUCGCUGUUUUAGACCUCAUCUGCAAAGAGAAAGAAGACGUCCGCCUGAAGCUCGAGGAGUGCUCCAAGAGAGCCAACAACGGGAAGUUUACCCUGAGGGACCUGCUGGUUGUCCCGAUGCAGAGAGUCCUGAAGUAUCACCUGCUUCUUCAGGAGCUAGUCAAACACACUCACGAUGCCGCUGACAAGAGCAACUUGAAGAUCGCUCUUGAUGCCAUGAAAGACCUGGCUCAGUAUGUGAACGAGGUGAAGAGAGAUAAUGAGACUCUCAGGGAGAUCGACCAGUACCAGAGGUCUAUUGAAAACCUGAAUCAGCCCCUCAUCAGCUAUGGUCGACCAAAAGGGGAUGGUGAAGUGCGCAUGGUCUCCAGCGUUGACAAGAGGAAACAAGACAGACACAUCUUUUUGUUUGACGUGGCCGCCAUUGUUUGUAAGCGGAGGGGAGACAACUAUGAGAUGAAGGACAUCCUCGACCUCAGCUACUUCAAGAUCACAAACAACCCCACCUCUGACAGAGAGGGCAAGAAGUGGUGCUACGGCUUCUACGUGACUCACCAGCAGGGACACACUGGCUUCGAGCUCUUUUUUAAAACCAGGGAGCUGAAGAAGAAGUGGCUGGAUCAGUUUGAAAUGGCCAUAUCAAAUAUCCGACCAGAGAAAGCGAACCACAACUCUCACCAGUUCAAGAUGCACACCUUUGAAAGGAUCACUUCCUGUAGUUUUUGUCACCUCCUGCUCAGGGGCAUUUUCAACCAGGGUUAUCUCUGUAUGAAAUGUGGGCUGGGGGCUCACAAGGAGUGUCUGGGCCGACUGGGAAUCUGUGGGAGAACAGAUGCUGCCAAGCCGAAGCCCAAGGAAAGCACAACACCACCAGACCCAGGUUUACCCAGGAUGGUUGUGAUCAGAGACUACAGUGGCAUCCCCUGUCCCCAGUGCGGGCCCCCACUAAGCAUUCACGCGGGGGAUGUCAUUGAACUGAUGUUUGCCGACCUGCACAGCUCCUGGUGGCAGGGCAAAAUUCUGGCGACAAGCAAGAUUGGCUUCUUUCCAAGUGAUGCUGUGAGGCCUUGCCCAUGUGUUCCAAAACCUGUUGAUUACUCGGCCCAGCUCUGGUUUGCAGGGCCCAUGGAGAGAUACCAGGCUGAGGUGGAGCUCCUGGACCGAGAAAACGGCACCUAUCUGAUUCGACACCGCAGUAAAGAGUGCACCGAAUACGCCAUCAGUGUAAAGUUCAACGAUAAAGUCAGGCACAUUAAGAUUCUGACCAAGGAUGGCUGCUUUUACAUCGCUGAGAGCCGGCUGUUCAAGACCGUGCUGGACCUUGUGGAAUACUACAAACAGUACUCUCUGAAGGAGGGUUUCAGCAGUCUUGACAUCACUCUGCAGGUCCCCUAUAGGGAACCUUCCAAUGGAAACAUGCCCAGGGCCAUUACUAAGGCUGGCAGUGUUCCUCCUGGCGGCUGCAGCUUUGUUCCUCCCUCCUCCUCGCCUUUCUGGUCAGUGUUCUCUCCCAGGGUGGUGGGCAUCGCGGUCGCACGCUACAACUUCUGCUCCAGGGACAUGCGAGAGAUUUCCCUGCAGCAGGGAGACAUCAUCAAGAUCUACACCAAGAUGUCCAACGGGUGGUGGAAGGGAGAGGUCGACGGCAGGGUUGGUUGGUUCCCCUCUACCUACGUAGAAGAGGAGGACUGACUUCCCUGGAUUAUUGACGUCUGUUCAGCAUCCAGUCAAGGCCGACCACCUCCAGUGAGCAUCAUGCUGCUCAGCCACUCGGUGUGCCCGGCAAGUCAGAUCUCUUCGAUAAAACCCAGAGAAACGGACUUAAGAGGAAGCAGCAGUGCCCUCAAAAACCCUCUCCUGCCCUCUGACAGACUCACACACAGAGCUGAUGUCAAAUCACAGAUUCCAGGAGUGUCACGCCAUAUCUCGCCUCUCUGCGGCCCCGUCUGCCCCUGCGGCCCACUGGGAAGUGCAUGUGCUGUGCCCAGAUAAACCCCUCCUCCCUCCCUCCCCUGCUCACCUUGUGUUAUUAUUGAUGGCUCCAUUGGCUGGUGUGAGACAUGCCUCGGCUGUCAUCAUGUUUGCGAUACCAGGAAGGCUCAGUCACCCAACUGGAACACAGAUCCUGCUGACAGGGCGCCGCCCAGGUACUCCGCUAGAUUUAAAAUGCAGGAGGUGAGGAGCAGCGACUGUCGUUGGAACACUACGGCUCUCCCGACUUUUUGUGCUCAACUUUCAAACCCAUCUCACUUUUCUAAUGCUGAAUGACCGGACUGAUGUAAAACAGCUUGAGACUUAAAUGCAAUCGCUGGAACGUGUUUCGACACUGGAUGGAAGGUUUCAGCGCCACAGCGUGAAAGCACUGAUCUGUAAUUCACAUGUGAUGUGUCUGCAGUCUUGAGUGACUAUUAGUCUUGUGGGGCAAGAACUAAUUUAGCUGCGUCACAGCAGGAAACCACAUCUGGAGACAAUGUAGCUGAUAAUGUGAAAAAAAAGUUGAUAAAGCUAUGAAUGUUUUCUUA